UUGACAUUAUGAAGUUUUUUUAUAGUAUAUGAUACCUACAUGAGUCUAAGAUGCACUGAAAGAUAAAUUCACUAUAGUAUACUCCGUACGAGAUCAUACAACUACUAGUUUUCUAACAUUCACCAUUAUCAUCUUUUAUAAUUAUUCAAAAUACGUUACUGAAUUGUGCUUCGUCUCUAACAAAUUACAGUACCGGACACUUUUAUCUGCUUCUGUGCCAGCAGUUUAUAUAUCUUCGAUACGAUCACUAGUCACCUUCAAUAUAUAUUAUCUUCGGUUUCUGUUGUCAAUAUCAUCAUAAGUCGCCAUAAAAACAGAAAAAUGGUUUGGAACUUGAGCGUGGAGGAAACAAACAUCUCCACUACACCAAAAUCUGCCACCCAGGAUGACACGAAAUCCAUUAAAGACUUCAAAGAGGCCACUAAUAGCGGCUCACCCUCCAUUAGCAACGGAUCAAAUCACGCAAUAUUUUUUAUUCAACAAAACGAUUUUGAUACCGCUAUAAUAAGAAAAGAUAAUGAAAAAGGACGGGUUUCAAAGUUUGCUAGCGACCACAGAUUUCGGCUGUCUUCAUUGUGGAGACGAGCCGAAGUCAACCCUCUGAAUGGGAAAAGCCUUACAUUUCCUCUCUUUCGAAUUUGGGACGACAUUUAUUGCAUAGCCUUCUGGCUUUCCACCCUGGGGUUUUUUGUGGCUUUCUUUUCUUGGUUUGCCUUUUCUCCGCUUGUGCCCGAAGUAGUGAAAGCGGAUCUCAACCUUACUCAAGAUCAAGUCACCAACUCCAACCUGGCCUCUCUUGGUGGCACAGCUAUGGUACGCCUCAUUGCUGGCCCAGCAUGCGACAAGUUUGGGCCUCGAAAGGUUUUAGCUUCUCUUCUCAUUCUGGGCGCCAUCCCGUCAGGCUUAGCAGCUCUGGUAACCAAUGUUAAAGGGUUAGAGGCGGUGAGAUUUUUCAUCUCCAUUCUCGGUGGCAGCUUUGUUCCAACCCAGGCCUACACCACGACAUUUUUUGACAAGUCAAUUGUUGGCACUGCUAAUGCCUUCUCGGGUGGCUGGGGCAACUUGGGUGGUGGGGUGACUGUUGCUGUGAUGAUCGGGCUGUACCAACGAUAUAUCAAGGCUGGCUACAGCCCUCACAUUGCGUGGCGCCUUUGCUUUGUCACAUUGCCUGUCCCAUGCCUACUGCUUGUCGCCGUCAUCAUUUUACUGCUUGGACUAGAUCACCCUGGUGGCAAAUGGUCAGCUCGCCACCAAUUCCAGGCCUCAGCCACGGGAAAAGACCAAAUCAAUGAUGAAGGACUAGUCCAACAGCAACAUAUGUUUGUAGAUUCUGAGAAUGCAUUUCCUCAGGAAUCUAGUAACUCCAAGCCACCGGGUACGGACUCCAACGGACAGCCUCCAGUUAUCGAUGUGGACACUGCACAAUCAGAGCCGCUGACCUUUGCGACAUUGCUCGAGAUCCUUUGUGACCUCCGCGUCUGGUCGUGUGCUCUAUGCUAUCUGCUUACUUUUGGUCUUGAGACGGCUAUGGACGCGGCGCUUCCCGGUUUGAUCAACAGCCUGUUUGCUAGCCAGUCAUUUGGGUCCGUGAAUGCCGCCUAUGCAGCAUCCACGUACGGUCUCAUGAAUUUGUUUGCUCGGCCGUUGGGUGGAAUCAUAUCAGACAUUCUUUACGCUCGGGUUGGGCUACGUGGUAAAAUGUAUUGGCUCUUAGCCACCGCGCUCUCUCAGGGAAUCGCCAUGAUUGGCAUGGGCGUCUACAUAAACAAAAACAACGCAACCAUCGGUGGAGUCAUAGGCUUCAUUGUCGUGAUUGCGAUCACAGGAUUUUCAGCUAACGGCGCCUGUUACUCAAUAUAUGGCCACUGGCGACCAAAAAAUAUUGGCGUUGUGGCCGGCAUCGUUGGUGCUAGCGGCAACAUAGGUGGCCUAUUCUACACCUUAAUAUUCAAGUACAAGCCAGGGGUUCGUCUUGCUCCUUCGGAAAGUCAUCCCCAAGGCUACAGUUCUCUGGGAGAAAAGUUCUGGAUUGCAGGAUUGCUCAAUGCCGUAGCUGUAGUGCCGCUUUUCCUCGUACCAAUAGGUGAUGCUGUAUAAAAGGAGCUGGGGAGAUGGUUUAAACACCAAAAGACAGGUUCAUAAUAAAUGCGCCCCUGGUCUUUUCUUUCUCUCUUUCUUUCUUUUUUUUUUUUUGUAU